GAGAGAGAGAGAGAGAGAGAGAGAAAGGGAUGGAUUUGCAGAGCGGGUUGCCUCUCUUGGUUCAACAAUUCAAGGCUCUGUUCCUGAAGAAUCUCAUCCUCACGUGGAGAAGCAAGGGAUUCACGUUAGCUCAACUUCUUUCGCCGCUGGUCUUUAUGUCUCUGCUGUACGUCGUUGAAAAGUCGGCCAAUCCUUCCGAAGGAAAGCCUUUGUAUGAUCCUGUGGCUUUAAUAGCUCAACCCAUCCCUCCGUGCGAGGAAAAGUUUUACACCACUCUCCCGUGUUAUGAUUUUAUAUGGAGUGGAAACAAAAGCGCCAAGAUUGCAUCCAUUGUUGGCCAAAUCAUGGCAAAUAACCCUGGCCGUUCGAUCCCUCCCAGCAAGGUUAAAUCAUUUCAAACAAAGAAGGAAGUGGAUGAUUGGUUGUUUAAUAAUCCCAUGCGUUGCCCUGGAGCGCUGCACUUCGAAGAAAGAAACGCUACUGUCAUAAGUUACGGUAUACAGACCAAUUCCACGCAAGUUGGCAAGCGAAAGCAAUUUGAAGAUGCCACGUUUAAAUUCCAAAUACCGCUCCAAGUUGCGGCUGAGCGUGAAAUCGCGAGGUCUUUCAUAGGAGAUCCAAAAUUCAGCUGGGUGGUUGCUCUAAAGGAAUUCGCGCACCCUGCAAUUGUUACCCAAUCUUUAAUUAAAAUGGUCGUAAAAUUUAGCUCAGCACCGCUCUUUCUAGUAGCACUUGCAAUGUUUUCUUCCGUCUUUCAGAUUAGGUCGUUGGUCACUGAGAAGGAGCUGAAACUUCGGCAGGCAAUGACUAUCAUGUGUCUGUAUGAUACUGCCUACUGGUUGUCAUGGCUUACUUGGGAGUCAACUUUUUCGUUGCUUUUAUCGCUUGUCACGGUUUUAUGCGGAAGGAUGUUUCGGUUCCCACUGUUCUUGCGAAACAGUUUUCUAAUCGUCUUUCUCACAUUCUUUCUCUUCCAAAUCAGUAUGAUUGGUUUUGCCUUCAUGCUAUCAACCAUUCUUCGGAAGGCAUCUUCAUCCAUAACAAUGGGGUUCUUUAUAUUUAUCCUCAGCUUUGUCACUCAGGCAAUUUCCACCAGUGGUUUUCCCUACGGUGAAGAGUUUGCUAUCAAAUUUAAAAUUAUCUGGUCACUCUUCCCCCCAAAUCUUCUUUCCAAAGCCCUUGGCAUACUCAGUGGGGCUGCUGAUAAAAAAGAUGGGAUCAAUUGGAGUAAACGAUCCAUGUGUUUUGAUCGAUCCUCUUCAGACUCCCUGGCGAAAUCAUGUAUUGUUACAAUGAACAAUAUUUUCGCAAUGUACAUAGCAACAUUCUUUCUUUGGUUUGUUGUGGCUAUCUACUUGGACAACAUAAUUCCGAACUCAUCUGGUGUGCGAAAGCCAAUCUUCUACUUUCUGAAUCCGGGGUAUUGGACAGGAAAAGGUGGAAAUAAGAUUGAAGAGGGUGGCAUCUUCAGUUUCCUAAGUGCAAUCCCGCAAGUUCAACCUAAAACACCAGAUGAUGAGGAUGUCUUGGAAGAGGAAAACUUUGUCAAACAUCAAAUAAGGGAAGAUUUGGUUGAUCCAAAUGUCGUCGUUCAAAUACGUGGUCUUACGAAGACAUAUCCUGGGAAGAUUGAGAUUGGUUGCUGCAAGUGCACUAGGAAAUCACAUUUCCAUGCUGUUAAGGGAUUGUGGGUGAAUAUCCCCAAGGGUCAAUUGUUCUGCCUCCUCGGACCCAACGGAGCAGGAAAAACGACUACGAUAAGUUGCCUGACCGGUAUUUCCCCAGCAACGGGUGGUGAUGCACUAGUUUAUGGGCAUUCUAUUCGAAGCUCUGUCGGCAUGUCAAGUAUUAGAAAACUUAUCGGAGUCUGUCCUCAGUUUGAUGUCCUUUGGGAUGUGUUGUCUGCUGAGGAGCACCUCUACCUCUUUGCCAGUAUCAAAGGCAUAGCGGCUGCCUCGAUUAAAUUGGCUGUAGAGAAAUCAUUAGCAGAAGUUAAGCUUACUUAUGCGGCCAAAGGAAGAGCCAGUGGCUACAGUGGGGGGAUGAAACGCCGCCUUAGCGUUGCGAUAGCCCUAAUCGGUGACCCUAAGUUGGUCAUCUUAGAUGAACCGACAACCGGCAUGGAUCCCAUAACUCGAAGGCACGUAUGGGAUAUAAUUGACAAUGCAAAAAAAGGGAGAGCCAUUAUACUAACAACUCAUUCGAUGGAAGAAGCCGAUAUCUUAAGCGAUCGUAUAGGAAUUGUGGCAAAGGGUACGCUUCGCUGCAUUGGGAAUUCCAUCCGAUUAAAGUCGAAGUUUGGGUCUGGUUUAAUUGCUAAUGUAAGCUUCUCUGAGACCAAUACGGAUGCUGCUGAAUCAUGUCGUCUGGCUUUGAGGAAAUUCUUUAAGCAUCAUUUGAAUGUGAUGCCGAAGGAGGAGACCAAGUACUUCGUCGGCUAUGUAAUUCCCCACAAGGAGGAGAGCGACUUGAAGAAAUUCUUCACGGAGCUUCAGGAGAGGGAAACAGAAUUCGGCAUUUCAGACAUACAGCUGAAUUUGACUACUCUAGAAGACGUUUUCCUCAACGUUGCAACGAAAGCAGCACUGGAGAAUGCUGCAGAUGAGAACAACAUGACAACUCUGGUAUUGGAGUCAGGAAAAUCAUUGAUCAUACCGGUUGGAGUGGAGAAGAUAGGCAUUCCAGGAUCGGUAACGCCACAGUACCUCAGCGGCCUCAUGGUUGAGGUGUACUGGGGACAGGACUCCAACGGCAACCUCUGCAUCACCGGCCACUCGGCUGAGAUGCCGAUCCCGGUCCGUGACGACCUCGGCUCUAGUUUGCCUCCAUCUCUUCUGAAGGGAAAUCCCGAUCAUGGAAUUGUGCUGGAUUUUUAACAAUUCGGAAAUCCGCUUACGAGUAGCCUGUCUCUUUAUAUAACAUUCAGUUUUUUUUUUUUAUAUGACCGGAUGUCCGGUACAACAUUGAGUAUUAUCAUUGUAUGAAGCAAUAUCUGAAUAUACAAUUGGUGAAACUCUGAGUAAGAGAAGUUUGAUGUAAGGUUU